CCCUCCUGUUUCCUCGCUGCCCCCCCUGGCGUCGUAGCCCGUGUGUGUGAAAAGCAAGGGAAUCUCACAGAGGCAAGAACCGAGCCGCCUGUUCACUCUAUCUUGAGAGUGACGGGGGCUCUCUGCACACUCGUUGUUGACGAAGCGCCCAGCAUCGUCAGAUCGUUUUUUGUGAAUUCAAAUUCGGCAAACGACGACAAUGUUGACGAGGUUGAUGCCGUUGCUCGCGUUCCUCGACGCCGCUUCUUCCUGGAGCGCGACGGCUACCGCAGCCACCACCGUUGCCUUCAGCAGCCCCCCCCGGAUGUUGCUCGACUUCUCAACGCUGACAAGCUCUCGAAGACACGGCGGUCAGAAACAUCAAAUCGAACCUGACAACAGCAGCAGCAGUAGCAGGCAGCAGCAGCAGCAGCAGCAGCAGCUGGGGAUUCGCGAAUCUAUGAAGGCGAAAGCCGAGUCGGACUUGAGAGAUAGGAAGGCGAGGGAGGAGGAGAUGUCGCCGGGGGCAACGCUCAAGGUGGCCGCGCUGUGGCUCGUGCUGAUAUCCCAGCUGUGGCUACUGGUGGUGUUGUGGAACGACCCAAUGGGUCCCGCAUCGUCGACGUUUCUGCAAGACUGAGAGGGGCACGUUGGUUUUGUCUGUCGGUGUGAAUAAGUGGAGCUGUACCCGGUUCGUCAGGUGUUAGGUCGGGACAGAGUUGUGCGUGGUGUGAUAGGGAACAAUAG